UACAUCUUGGUGUUGGUGGAGUACAGGUCUCGAUUCGUAUAUGCUCGGCCAGUGAAAUCAACUAACUUUGAAAGCACCAAGCGGAUUUUUGACGAAAUCUUCGAGAAAGAAGGUUUCCCGAGAGCAAUUAAGUCCGAUAACGGCCCGCCGUUUAACGGAGAUGACUAUAAAAACUACUGUCUGGAACGAGGAAUCGAACCAAUCUUCUCGACACCACUGUUUCCCCGGCAAAACGGAAUGGCCGAGUGUUACAUGAAGCUGGUCAAUAAGGCCAUGGCCUCCGCUGCUCUAAAUGGAACCUCUUUUGAGGGGGAACUUCAAGCCGCGGUCAGAGCCCACAAUUCGUCAGCACACUCGAUCACCAAGAUUCCCCCAGAGGAAAUGAUGUCCGGAAGGAAGAUUAGGCGCAAUUUGCCUCUACUGGUCAGCAAGAAAGUACAUCUGGACGAGGAGGCCAUCAACGAGAGAGACCGGGAGGCAAAACUAAGAGGAAAGGAACGCGAGGAUGCCCGGCGGGGAGCUCGCGAAUGCAGCAUCAAGCCAGGCGACAAAGUGAUCGUACAGAAGCAGACACGUUCGAAAGGAGACUGUAAGUUCGGCUCAACUAAAUACACCGUAAUCGAGCAAACGAACGGAAAUCUCAUCCUGGAGGACGACGAGGGUCUUCGCAUCAAGAGACAUGUUUCCCAGACGAAGCAGGUUCGAAAGUGGCGAGGCGAAUCUCCCGAUCCGCCUCAACCCAGAAAUAUCGCGCGUUCGAGUACGUCGUCUGGUUCAUCCAAUUCUGGGAGGAACGACCGUUCGAGUUCACCACACAAUCCGGUUCUGUACGGAGAAACGUCGCGGCCAGGUACAUCUGCGAUUCCACUUCAACCUGAGCAAGAUGUUCAGGACACUUCAUCGGAGGAAACACGGCCAGCUGCUCAACUUCAACCUGCAGGAAUCGACCAGCGGAGCUGUUCUCCCAAACUAGCCCAACCGGGACAGGAAGCUCGUCCAUCCAGGAAGAAACAGGUUCCAUCUUAUCUGCAGGAUUACGUACGACUGGUGGAGGAAGAACUGGAGGUUCAGAAAACGCUACAGAUUUGAUUUUUCACAACAUUUACCAGAUUCGAGCUUUUUGGUGCGUUUCAAAAAACCAUCUGUCAGUUGUAGCUGGAUUAUGUUGUUAUUGUUGUGGAGAUGGAGGAGAAGAAGGAUUUUGGAAAGUUCACCGUACCGU